UUGUUUUUUUAAUGUGGAUUUCAGAUAAUAGAAAAUAGAAUUAUUAUUAUUAUAACUAAAACAAAGAUACAUAUCAUUCCAUAAAUUUUAAAUCAAUAGUUAUGGCUAUUUUGGAUAAUAUUUACAAAUAUUCGAAUGAACAUUAGAGUUCCAAAAAAAAUGCAAGCCAAGAAACGUUAUUUUAUUGUCAUUUUAUCAAGUUUUCUCGGACUAUACUGCUUCUUCACUAGUUUCUAUUUAAAUUCUCAUAGAAAUCAAAAGUCACGGCGAGGACAAUUGCCGACAUUUGCCACAUUGGAGGAAUUGAAUGAAUCGCCAUCUCGACAAAAAAGAAAUCCGCAGACGACUACAAAAUCAUGUAGAAUGCAAACUUGUUUUGAUUUUUCCAAAUGCGGUAGUGAUCCGAAGGUAUAUGUGUAUCCCACGGAUGGUCCUGUAAGUGCCACUUAUCGUAAAGUGUUGUCAGUGAUAAGAGAGUCCAGGUACGCCACGCACGACCCCGCUGAGGCUUGCCUGUUCAUACCGGCAGUGGACACGCUAGACGCUGACCCGUUGUCUCCUGAGCACAUUCCAGAUGUAGCCUCCAGACUUUCCCGACUUCAGUACUGGAAGAAUGGCCGCAAUCAUGUCAUUUUUAAUUUAUACGCAGGCACAUGGCCUGAUUAUGCAGAAGGUGCUUUAGGUUUUGAUUCAGGUGAAGCUAUAAUGGCCAGAGCGAGUGCCUCUGAAACUAUUUUCCGUGAUGGAUUUGACAUUUCAUUGCCACUGUUUCACAAAGAGCACCCAGAGAGGGGUGGUGCACCCCCUGCAGCGACAGGGAACCCUUUUCCAGCGCCACGGAAACAUUUACUUGCCUUUAAAGGAAAGCGUUAUGUGCAUGGCAUUGGUAGUGAAACAAGGAAUUCUUUGUGGCAUUUGCAUGAUGGUAACCAACUCAUUUUAGUUACAACAUGUAGGCAUGGUAAGUCUUGGAAGGACUUGAGAGAUGAGAGAUGUGAUGAAGAUAAUAAGGAAUAUGACAAAUUUGACUAUGAGCAAUUAUUAGCAAAUUCAACUUUUUGUCUUGUGGCAAGAGGCAGACGUCUUGGCUCUUACCGGUUUUUGGAAGCAUUAGCUGCUGGUUGUGUUCCAGUCCUGCUAAGUAAUGGAUGGAGGUUACCUUUCGAUGAGCGGAUAGAUUGGAGACGUGCUGUCAUAUGGGCAGAUGAGAGACUUCUUUUACAGGUGCCUGAGCUAGUGCGCUCAGUUCCUCCCGAGCGUAUUCUUGCACUGAGGCAACAGACACAACUAUUGUGGGAACAAUAUUUUUCUUCAAUUGAGAAAAUAGUUUUUACAACAAUAGAGAUAAUAUUGGAGCGAAUAAUGGCCCACAGAUCGUCGCGACAACGUGAAGCAUUAAUAUGGAACGCUUCCCCGGGUGCACUGGGCACCCUGUCGUCGUAUGGAGACUCGCGCGCGCACCUGCCCGUGGCCGCGCCCGCGCCGCCCGCCCCGCGCGCGCCCGCGCCCCCGCCUGGCCCUCUGCCCGCCCCCUCCCUCCCGCUCACCGCCCCACCGCCCACGCCCGGCGACACCUUCACGGCGCUACUGUACGUGCAAGCCACGUCACCAGCGCUACACAAACUCCUCGCUAACAUAGCUAGCAGUGAACAUUGUGAAAAGGUAGUCCUCGUGUGGGACAGCGAACGAGCCGCGCCGACUUUGAAGUCGCUGUCCAGAAUGGCGGGCGACCCGCGCGACGCCUUGACUGUUACUGUGAUCGACGCUACUACGCAUUAUCCUGGGGAAGGCGUGUCGGCGCGCUGGCAGCCGCUGUGGGCGGUGCCCACGGCGGCGGUGUUCUCGCUGGACGGCGACGCGCCGCUGCUGGCCGAGGAGCUGGACUUCGCCUUCCGCGUGUGGCGCCACUUCCCCGAGCGCAUCGUCGGCUACCCAGCGCGGAACCACUACUGGGACGAGUCUAAGAACGCGUGGGGCUACAGCAGCAAGUGGGGCGGCUCGUACUCCAUGGUGCUGCCGGGCGCGGCGCUGGUGCACCGCGCGCUGCUGGCGCUGUACGGCGCCGCCGCGCCCGCGCUGCGCUUGGCCGUGCGCCGCGCGCGCAACUGCGAGGACAUCCUGCUCAACUGCCUCGCCGCGCACGCCUCGCGCCGCCCGCCGCUCAAGCUGGCGCAGCGCCGCCGGUACAAGCCGCAGCACCACCGCUACAGGUCGUCGUGGAGUGAUCCGGAACACUUCGUGCAGCGACAGUCGUGUCUGAACACGUUCGCGGCCGCGUGGGGCUACAUGCCGCUCGUGCGCUCCGUGCUGCGACUCGACCCUAUACUGUUCAAGGACCCAGUGUCCACGCUCAGGAAGAAAUAUAGAAAAAUGGAAUUAGUUACGUCUUAGUGAAAUUGUAUACGUAGUUUUAUUUUGAGAAUCUUUAAUUUUAAUGAAUAAUAAAAAGGCUGCAUCUUUUAACACUUUUCUAGUCCUAGUUUUAAAAUGUUAUGAAUUCUCACUCAAAUUGUAGAUAUAUUCCGAUUUAUUAGAGCUCAACAUGUUUUGUUUUACGCUAAUAAACUUAUAUGCCAGA